AUGAGCUGCAGCAGUGUCGCAGGUUCAGAAUUUUCUGAGGAAGAGCUGGAGCUCGGCGUGCUCGAACAAGGUGAAGACGAAGAAAGUCCCAAGCCAUCUUUCCAAGACAGCGAGAGUUUAUCCAGCAGCCCCGGUGACCCAGAGGAAGGCCAGACCAAGAAGCGCAACCGACCUGUUCGCUCCAAAGCUCGAAGAAUGGCUGCUAAUGUCCGCGAGAGAAAGCGCAUAAUGGACUACAACCAAGCCUUCAAUGCUCUCCGUGUUGCUCUAAAUCAUGACCUCAGUGGGAAACGCUUGUCUAAGAUUGCUACACUUCAGAGAGCCAUCAAUCGUAUCUCUGCUCUCUCUGUAUUCCUGAGCUCUAAUCCCCCCAGCAAGCCCUGCACCCACCGGGAAUGUCAUAGGUCAUCUGUGGUGCCUGCAGCGAUGGGAGCAUCUCGCCUUGAGCAGACCAGGGUCGCUGUUCCCCGUCUGGAACAUCAGAGCUACGUCCCCUGGCAUGCAUCCAUGUCUCAACAGAUGCAACAAGGGCCUCACGUGCACCGGUUGUCCACAGAUGCACACGCCUACAUGGAUAACACCAUAUCAUCAUGUCCCCCAUCACCGCACUACCCUUGUUACCCCACCGAGGGACAGCUUUACGCCUCACACGGACAUGGACACUGCAGCAGUCCCCACGAUCACCCGCCCAGUCCAGUGCGAUACCCUCAGGUGGGCGAGGGCAUGUGGGCCUCCUGUGCUCAGGGAUACAUGGACUCUUUUGUGGAGCCAUCGCCCACUUUUGGGCUUCCAUGGCAGGUGAGCUACCUGCAGGAGCCAGAGCACAGCCUCCCUCUCUGCUCUGACAUACUGUAA